GGAGGAGGAGGAGGAGGAGGAGGCCUUCCUCAGGCGGAGGGCCGCCGGGAGCCCUCCGCCCCACGGGCCUCUGGGGGCCGUGGGCCAUGGGCCGGAGCUGGGCGCGGAGGUGGCCGUUGGCAGGGCCGCGGUGGCUGGCACUGCUGGCGCUGCCUUGCGCCGGGGCUACGCAGGAUGUCGCUGGUGGCGCAGAGGCAUCCGAGCUCGCGGUGGCGGAAGCGGCCCUAUCAAAGAAGGUCGGCCCCGAGAUGACGUGCGCGGCGUGCAGGUUCGCGGUGGACCUUUUCCGACGAGAGGUGGCCCAUCACAUCAGAGGCAAGAUGGGCAGGAAGAAGCGGCAGGCCGUCUUCGAGGAGCGCUUCAGUCGUGCCUGCGACCCGCAGCGCUUCCCAGCCGAGAUGGCUGUCACCGAGAAGGAGGGGCGCAAGGCGCUGGUGCCCAUGGAGGAGCUCCGGCUGCCCGCGAACUUCAACAUGAAG